AUGAUUUCUUUUAUUUUAACAAAACAAACUCUAAAUGAAUCAAAUACUGGUGAUGAUAAAACAAUGUUAAUAGAAUCGUCAACUGAAUAUAUAUUUGAUAAAUUAAAUGAAAAUGAAACAAGUUCAUCAAUUAUAUUAAAUAAUUUAGUUGAUAUUCGAACAUCAACAAUGAAUAGUGAUGAUACAUCGUUAUCAACAUAUUAUAUAUCAUCAUCUAUGAAUGAUUUUGAAUUUACGACAAUUAUAAAUAAUAUUUUAUAUCGAAACGAACAAUGGUUUAAUUAUAAUCAAACAAAUAAACAAGAUUUUUAUGAUUCUUCGAUAUUUUGGAGAAAAAUAAAUGAUGAAUCAUUGAAUAGUUCAACUUAUAUAAUAAAAUCUGAAGGUGAAUGUGUUGAUCGUAUAUGUUAUGCUAAAUUAAAAUAUAAUGGUUCAUCAUCAAAUACUAAUGAUGGUUGUUUAUCAUUUAUUCUCUGGACACGAGGUCAACCAGUUGGACAAAUAUGGAUUGAAGAAGAUGAUGAACAAGAAAAUAUUUCACAAAAAAUUCAAUUAACUAAUUCAAGUUUGCGUGUUGAACAUUCAUUAAAAUCAAAAACAAAAAAUUUAUCAAUUGAUGUCCGAAUAUUAUUUCGGAAUCCUAAUAUUGAUUCAAUUAGUUUAUCAAAUUUAAAUGUUAAUUGGAAAGGAGCUUGCCCAAAACAUCGUACAAUGACACCAUUUUCCUAUAUAAAUAAAUAUACAUCGACAGUAGAAAAUGAUUUAAUUAAAUUGACUAGUGAUGAUUUAUCUCAAACAAGUUUUAUAACAAUAAAUAAUGGAUUUGAAAUAAGUGAAGAUUAUUUAUUAAUUGAAUCAUCAACAAUUAAAUAUAAUGAUAAAUUAACAAUUCAACAUUCACAUUCAUUAGUUAAUCAAUCGAAUAUAGGAUGGAUUUUAACAUUAAUUAUAUUAUUUUGUUUAUCAAUUAUUCUAUGUUCAUUUUUAUAUGGUUUAUGGUCAAUACAAGAAUAUUAUCGUUUUACUUGGUACGUUCGUUUUAAUUCUCCAAUUCAAUUAAUUAGUCGACGAUCAAUUCAUUCAUCAAAUAAAUCAGAAAAUAAUAUUGAAAGAUUUUCUCAAAUAUCUAAUGACAUUUUUAAUAUAAAUUAUCAACAAGAAGAUUUUGAUAGUUUUACAACGAAUAGUAGUCAAUCAAUAUCUUCACCAUUUUAUACUUAUUUUUAA